AUGGACGACACACUUCUGCAGCUCUCUAACAUCCUGCCAGAAGAUGCCAAGACCUACGACAAGAUGCGCCCGCCAUCCGCUGACGGCAGCCCGACUGUGGUAUACUUCCACGUGACCGUCAUGAGUCUGGACUCCAUCGAUGAAGGCUCGAUGACGUACGCGGCAGACAUUUUCUUCGGCCAGAGCUGGAAGGAUCCUCGUCUUCGCUUCCCCAACAUGACGGGGAUGUACCGCCUGCUGCCGGUGUCGUGGCUCAACGAAAUAUGGCGGCCAGACUCCUUCUUCAAAAAUGCCAAGUCCGUCACCUUCCAAAAGAUGACCAUUCCCAACCACUACGUUUGGCUUUACCAUGACUCGACGAUCCUAUAUAUGGUCAAGCUAACGCUGCUGCUGUCUUGUGCAAUGACUUUCCAUUCCUACCCUCACGAUACGCAAAAAUGUGCGAUGAAAAUCGAAUCCCUCUCCCACACGACGGCUGACCUGGUGUUCACGUGGGAGCCUGAGGUGCCCCUGGAGGUCGACGAGAGCAUCGAGCUCCCCCAGCUGGACCUCGUCUCCAACACCACGGGCGACUGCACGCAGGUUUAUUCCACGGGAAACUUCACGUGUUUGGAGGUGUCGUUCACGUUCAAGCGACGCCUGGGCUACUACCUCUUCCACACCUACGUGCCUACGUGCCUCAUCGUCAUCAUGUCGUGGAUCUCAUUCUGGAUCAAACCUGAAGCUGUGCCCGCCAGGGUGACGCUGGGUGUGACGUCGUUACUGACGCUCUCCACCCAACACGCCAACUCGCAGAAAAGUUUGCCGCCAGUCUCCUACAUCAAGGCGAUCGACAUGUUCAUGUCAUCCUGCACGGUGUUCGUGUUUCUAUCCCUCAUGGAGUACGCUGUCGUGAACGUCAUCAUCGGUGACAUGGUUGAACGUCGGAAGCAAGAUACUUUCAUGGCAAAAAUCACAAAGAAACUCGACGGCAAAAUGUCAAAAAAUAAAAAGGCGGCCGAAAAGUUGCAGUCCCAUGCUCUUCAGUCUGCCGAUUCAUGUCCUUGCUGUCGCCAAGAAUGUUCAUGCUGCGCGCCGGGGUGUGAAACUCCAGGCCAGGAUUCAAUCACAUUCAGUUCCACACCGAAACCGUUACUGGUGAGGAACAUUGUGCAACGCGACUCAAACAGCGGUGAAUUAGUAAAUCAAUCCGGGCACUCAGGCACAGCUCAAAGGCCUCAGACUCCGCUGAACUCUUGCUUCCAGCCAGCUGGGACGACAGCCACAAUACGGCAUCCGCCUCUUGGAUCAACACGUUCCCCUUCAUUCGUCAGAUCCAAGGUUGCUAAGGACCUUCACCGCGAUAUAAACAACCGGUUUCCACAGACUGAACCACAAAGUAGUUGCAAUUGCGUACAUGCUGCUAAUCUACUUAUAAAACGACGCAAUUUUCAAGAUCCGCAACGCCCGAAGCUGGAGUCUCAGUCCUCGAUACCGUCGCUAAGCUUCUACCAAAACUUGCAAUCAGAAGGUAAUGGAUCUAAUUCUAAUAUAUCCAGAACUUUCCUCCUGGAAAUGCGUGAUGCAAGAGCAAAGGCAAUUCUCGUUGAUCGUUUCUCUAGAGUUUUUUUUCCUCUGUCAUUUACGAUUCUGAACAUUCUAUACUGGUACGUCUAUUUUGAUUGGUGAGGAUUUCGCAUAGAAGUACGAUCGAGUCACUUUUGUUCAUUAACCUUUAAGUGUUUUAAUAAACAUAUCACCAUUAAUACUAAAGUCAUGUUGAGAUAAAUAAUUAGUGCACUAUAAGUAUAUGUGAGUGGGCUGUAUAUAUUCUAUCUCUGGCCAUAUGCUGACCUCGAUCAAAAUUAAUUUGCGGGUCCAAAUUUAUUUCGAUCAAAAUUUAUUUUCCCUGAUUACCAACAAUGCAGUCAACUAUUCAAUACGGUUAAAUUAAGGCAUUCUAUUUGUCAAAUAUUCCAAUAAUAAGUCAAAUAUUUUACAAAAAAGAUUCGUCCAAUUGUGGAUUCUGUUUUGUGAGCGGAAACUCACAAAACUUUACAACAUGAAACUAGGAGUAUAGCCUAUAGGGCCGCUAUAACGGGCCUCAUAAUAUAUUAUCAUUAGUAUCUUCUUUGUUGGAGCUUAUCAUGAUAAAUUGACCAACAUCUAUUAUGUUUCACAAUCAAUCUCAGGGUCAUAGCCUCACGUGUAAAUAGUUGUUUCACGUGUAAAUAGUUACUACUAACUUUAAAUUCGUCUUCUUGCUGAUGCCACUUCUGUCAAUUUCAUUUUUAGAACCCCAGUCUACAACAUUUACGAUAUCUCGGCGUCACACCACUUCGUAUUAACUUUUCUUCUAUAAAGAGCAUAUGAAAGCAUGACAAAUGUAAUAUGUUACUUUUGACUGAAGAACUUGUCAAUUUGAUAAAAUUUUCAAGUAUUUUAUUUUUGGUCAACUGGCAUUUUAAUGAAAUUAAAAAUGUUCCACGAAAACUUUCGUCAGUACCCACUGUACAGUCAAAGGAAAUAGUCGAUGUUGCUCGGAGCCUCCGUAUAUGCUCUCAGAAAAAUAAAUGGCUCGUAUUGUCUUUAUAAUGACACACUUUACGUACGUAGCACCAAUACGCCAUU